AUGGUUCGCGUGGCCUUUGUCUCUCUUCUUUCAUUGGCCGUGACGGCUUACGCUGCCGCACUUGACCCUUCCGAGUUGAAGAACGUCGGUGCUGGAAACGGCAAGCAGUUUAUCACCGGCAAAUGCCUUAGCAAUGCCGAUUGCUCAACUAAUUGCUGUGCCGGGCUCAACGGCGGCGGCGUCUGCUCUGCCCUUUCCGUUGCCACCGCCGCCGGCAAGACUGGUUGUGGAUUUGUGGGCAACAACAGUGCUGCUGGUGGGCAGAACAACGGUGCUGCUGGGAACAAUCGCGGCGGGGGCGGCAACAAUGGAGGAAACGGCGGCGGCAACAAUGGAGGUAACGGCGGCGGCAACAAUGGAGGUAACGGCGGCAAUGGAGGAAACAGAGGCGGCAACAGAGGCGGCGCUGGGGGUGACGGGGCGCAAAACUUCGGUAACGGGCAGGGCCUGCAGUUUAUUACUGGCGUAUGCCAAAGCGAUGCCGAUUGCAUGUCUGGAUGCUGCGCCAAGACGACCAAAGCCUGUGCCGCCCCGGGCGCUGUUGGCCCGGAUAAAUGCGGAUUCGUCGCCUAG